AUGACUGCUUGCGACAGCAGGUCUCGUUCCAGAAACGUCAAGCAGUCAAGCAUCCUUUUCGCAUUAUGUCGUGCAAAGGGCAAGAACGCUGUAAAUGCCAGUGUUUUUGGCGUAGGAACGGACGCUAUCACCCCCCCGCCCCCCAACCCCCCCCCACCGCGCGACCCCCAAAAAAGCAGGUUAGUACCAGGGUCCUGGUGUGCGCGCCACCAACUAGAUUCCCAGCUCCUUCCCACAACGCAGGUUGACCAGCUCAAACCUGGGGACUGCUUCGGUGAGCUCCCACUGCUGCAGCUUCGGCCUCACCAGCACUCUGUGGUUGCGAAGGAGCGAAGUUGUGCCUGGGUCAUUGACCGAUGGCAAUUCAAGGAAAUCCUUUUCAAGGUACCUGACAGCAAGCUGAUGGAGUACAUCAGUUACCUGGAUCGCGUCUCGAUCCUGGAUGCGCUGUCGGGAGAGGAAAAGACAUCGACGGCACAGGCGCUGACUGAGAUGAGCUUCAACAAGGGCGACGUCAUCUUGCAACAGGGUGAGACAGGAGACUCCUUUUACAUCCUGUUCGACGGCGAGGUGACCGUCCUCAUCAACGGCAAGGUGGUGGCUCGUUUGGAAGCAUCCGUCGAGGAGCACACGGCACAUCACUUUGGCGAGAAGGCGCUGAUCAGCAGCCAGCCACGAGCAGCGACGGUGCAAGUUGCCUCUUCUCAAGCCAAGGUGCUCGCGUUGGAUCGGAUCGCUUUCAACGCCCUGCUUGGCUCCCUCGAGGACAUCCUACGCGCUCAAGAGGAUGGGAGAUCGAGGCAGACGAGAGUCAAUCGAGGGUUGACCUUGAAGCCGUUCCAAAAGAUCUUCCGCAAAGACCUGAUGGGUGUUGGUCUCCUGGGCGUCGGAGAGUUCGGGGCCGUGGAGCUCGUAGCGCACCGACGGGCAGAUGAAACCUUCGCAAUGAAGAGUAUGUCGAAAGCCCUGUUGGUGCAGAAGGGCAAGCAGAAUGUUGCCUUGAAUGAGAAGCAUGUGCUGAUGUAUGUUCUCUCGCCCUUCAUCGUUCAGCUUUUCGAGGCGUACAGCGACUCAUCCACACUAUACCUCCUGUUCGAAGCCGCCUUGGGCGGAGACCUACACGGCCUGUACUGCCGCAAGCGCCUCUAUGGAAGCGAACGUCAUGCAGCCUUCUACACGGCAGGAUCUGCAUUGGCUCUUCACUACCUGCAUCAGCGCCGUAUCAUUUACCGAGACCUCCGGCCAGAGAACAUUUUGCUGACCCAGGAUGGCAAUAUCAAGCUCUGCGACUUCGGGCUUGCAAAGUUUGUGGCAGAGAGGACCUUCACCAACUGUGGCAUUCCAGACUACUACGCUCCGGAGAUGGUACUUGCUACUGGACAUGGCCUGGAGCUGGACUGGUGGUGCUUCGGGAUCCUUCUGUUUGAGCUGAUGUCGGGGAAGCCGCCCUUCGAAUCGUCGAAUCCCAUGCAGAUUUACGUCAGCAUCCUGCACGGCAUCAGCAAGGUCGCCAUGCCCGAGGGCAACACCAGAGCCGCGGGCGAUCUCAUUAAGCUGCUGUUAAAGAAGGAGCCAUUGGACAGAUUACCUGUGAAGGAGGGCUUCGGGAAGCUGAAGGAGCAGCGCUGGUUCUCCGAAAUUUCCUGGAAUAGCUUGUCAGAGUUGCAGAUGGACACCCCCUACAAGCCUAACAUACGCCACAAAAGAGACCUUGCGAACUUCCAUCCGCGAUCAGAGCUGGUUGUGCAGCCUCCUGAGUAUGAGGAUGACGGCACCGGCUGGGAUGCCAACUAUCCCACCUAG